AUGCAUGCGUAUCCAUCGUUAACCCCUCGCCAUGUUGAAUGCCAAACACCACUCACCAGUGUAGAUGGCUAUAACAAUCCCUUCGCUUUGACCAGACCUGUUUGGCCUUAUCCAGCAUGGGUAUUUGUAGCUACAGUCACGGCUUGCAUAACGCAGGUGUUUUUGGCGUAUCGGAUUCUCAGGCUUAAAAAGAGCAUUGCGUUAUACGCUACCGUGUUGGUUCUGGCUGCUGCUGCUUUCAUUUUUGGCAUUAUCUUCGGUGUCAAGGUCUGCAAUGUCAAAACGUACGCCAUGGGUAUGAGCUCUCUGAUAUCUGUGUGGCUUUGUCUGGAAGUCGGCGUGAACGUCCUGAUUACUGGCAUCUUAUUGCAUUUACUUUCCCAGUCACGAACGGGAUUUCAGAGGUCUGAUAGUAUGCAGACAACAGUACAGACAGGACUCUUGACCAGUGUCGCGUCUGUUCUGACGUUAGUUUUAUACCUGGCUGAUAGGCACACUGAGUUCUACAGCUUGUUCGGUGUACCAAUCAGCCGCUUGUACAGCAAUACACUCAUGCACACACUUCUUUGUCGAGAAGAACUGUGUGGAAUGAUUAGUCUUCCUGAAGAGUCUACCGUAGGCUUCCCCUUUCUACUUCAAGUGGGAGGAUGA